AUGGCGGAACAGAUAGGGCCUCGCUUGUAUAGCUGCUCUAAUUGUAGAAACCAGGUUUCACUCCACGAUGAUAUAAUUUCCAAGGCUUUUCAUGGAAGAAACGGCCGAGCUUUUCUGUUUUCCCAUGCAAUGAAUGUUGUCACAGGGCCAAAAGAAGACAGACAUCUCUUGACUGGCCUCCACACUGUUGCUGAUGUUUAUUGUGGUGAUUGCCGUGAAGUGUUGGGUUGGAAGUAUGAAAGAGCUUAUGAAGCAUCCCAGAAAUACAAGGAAGGAAAGUUCAUACUUGAAAAGUCAAAAAUUGUUAAGGACAACUGGUAG